AAAAUAGAAAUCAAAAUGAAAGCAAUCAAAACAUAGUGCCCAGUAGCGGAACAAAGAGUCAAGCGAGGAACAAACAAAGAGAGGUGAUUAAUGUAGUUGAGGAGUUGGAUUUAAUAAUUGAAAAUUACCAAAAAUCAAGCAGAGAUUUCUACUUUGAAAACUACAAAGAUGAACGAGUUAUUGAGGAGGAAUUAAGCAAAAAAAUGAGAGAAAUAUACAGAGAAGCACACGAGGAGGAAAAAAAAGAAUGA